CUGCACGGCAGACUUCGUGCCUGCUAUCCGGUGGGCGGUUACGACACGCUUCUGAGCUUGCUGCAAAACAUGGGCUACCGAGUUUUGAAGCAGCACGAACAUGACUUCAGCAGAUAAGGAGUUUUCAGAAGACAGCAAUUUUUCGCCAAAAGCUGGCACCAGCAAGCUGCCAACAGAUGCAUCUCCUGACUCUAAAUGCCCCAUCUGCUUGGAUAGAUUUGACAAUGUGGCGUAUCUUGAUCGCUGCUUGCAUAGGUUCUGUUUUCGCUGUGUCCAGGAGUGGUCAAAAAAUAAAGCAGAAUGCCCCCUCUGCAAGCAACCCUUUUUUUCCAUUUUCCAUACAAUUCGUGCUGAAGAUGAUUUUAAAGAGUAUAUACUCAGCCCAUCUGAACAUAGCUCUUUUGCAAGCCCUGAUGGCCGGAGAUUUCGUUACCGUACUACCUUAACAGGAGAGCGCCGCGCUGGCAGUUCUCCUUCCAGAAGGACACUGUCACCUCCAGAUAACGGGGUAUUGUUUGAAGGGUUGUCUAAUGAACCAGUGCGGCAGAGAGUUGAAGAGAUUCAGCAUAUGAUAAGGAGUCUGGCCUCAAGGAGGCAGGCUAGCGCAGAGGGCAUAUCUCUGCAGCAGAUUCAGGAGGAGGACAUGAUCAACUUCCGCAGAGCUCUGUACCGCAGUGGUGUGCGUAUUCGUAGUAUUCAGGAUGGUGGCCGCUAUCGAGACAUUUCAGCAGAGUUUUUCCGCCGCAACCCUGCUUGCCUUCAUAGGUUGGUUCCUUGGUUGAAGCGAGAACUUACAGUCCUGCUUGGUGCCCAUGGAUCUUUGGUUAAUAUUGUGCAGCACAUAAUUAUGAGUAAUGUGACUAGGUAUGAUCUGGAAAGUCAGGCAUUUGCUGACGAUCUAAAGCCAUUUUUGCUGAAUCGGACUGAACACUUCUUACAUGAAUUCAUCAGUUUUGCCCGCUGUCCUUUUAACUUAGAGGCAUAUGAUCAACAUGCAAAUUAUGACUGUCCUGCACCAUCAUAUGAUGAAGGAAGCCACUCAGACUCAUCAAUUAUUACAAUAUCUCCAGAUAUGGCAUAUUCUCAAGGGCCAGAUAACAAUUUGUCUGUGACUGGUCUUGGUCAGGCCCCCUGGGACGAUGAAACUCCAGGGCCUUCCUAUUCCAUUUCAGAAGAGGCUCGUGCAACCAUAGCUUCUCCUCUGGAGACGUCAGAAAGUUCUGAUGAGGGUUCUGCUACACAGAGUCGAAGAACCAAACUGAAAGCUCAGUUACAGGCUGAUGCUGAUUUGAACAACAGUGAUUCUUCCUCAGACAAUUGUGUUAUUGUUGGGUAUGUUAAGCCAUUAGCUGAGAGGACACCAGAAGUGGUUGAGCUGUCCUCGGACACUGAGGAGUCCAUCAAGGAAGAGAAAAGGGAAGAUGUGAAGAAACAGCAACCAAUCCAGUGUCGCAGCUGGAGUGAUAGUGAACCAAGCAGGAGUUUAUCGCCAUGUUCCCCCAUGUAUAAGGAGGAUGUAGGUAGUUGUAGAAGCUGCUUAUCUCCUGCAGUUGAGAAGACAGAGUCAAAAGAUGAGAAGAACAAGUGUAAAGUAAAAGAUUUGUCUCCACAGGACUUGAGCUGGAGCCCCUCUCUGGGGAGCGACACAGUAUGCUCCCCUUGGAAUCACAGGCUGUCUAGAAAGGGAAAGUCCAGGAGCCCACAGUCCUUUUCACGGAGCAGUCGCAGUCAUGGCCAUCGGUCUAGGAGGGAGCAUCGUAGCAAAAGCCAACUUAGAAGGAGACAAUCGAGAAGCAGAGAUAGUAGCAAACAUAGGAGCAAAAGAAGCAGCAGGCGAUCAAGAGCUCAUGACACCAGAGUGUCUCUAAAAAGCCAGAGAGGCUCAUUAAGUCAUGAGAGCACUCCAUCCAGAGAAAUAAGCAGAUCACGAUCACGUAGCAAAGGCCAUGGCAAAAGGAGAUCAAGAAGCAGAGACAGUGAUCGUUACUAUGUAAGAGACAGUUAUCAAAGUAGAUGCCAGUGGAGCUAUGCUUUCUGUAGUCAGAAGGUGUUCGGAGAUGACAAUGAAUCCUCCAGCAGGAGGAGGAAUCAGUCUAAUGUCCUCUAUUCAAGGCAAUCUGAUAGUCCAGAAUACAGGAUACGAUCAUUUAUUGAAAGGAGAGAUCCACAUGGCCAGAGGGGACUCCGUGAGAGACACUAUUACUGUUAUGAAAAAUGCAGGUCAAGGAGUCGAUCAAGCAAUAGGUCAAGGACCCCUUCUGGAGGAACUGACAGAAUGAAAAGUGAAAAGCCUGGUGGAAAAAGGAAGUACAAAACUCGCCAUUUGGAAAAUGCAUCCAUGGAGAGCACAAGUCUAGAAAGAGAAAAUGAACCCAAGAAAACUUCCUCAAAAUUCAGUGACUACUUCAAAAAUGAAGAUAGCCUUUCAGACAAUCGAGCAAGCAGUGAGACAAAGCGUAAGAAAAAGAAAAAAAAGGUGAGGAGUCCGAGUGUGGAGAUAGUCUAUGAAGGAAAAGCAACAGACACUGCAAGGCAUCUUAAAAAGAAAAAGAAAAAGCAUAAGAAGAAACACCGGAAACGUCACAUGAGUAACUCGGCAUAUUCUUCUCCAGUUGUGAUUACAAUUGAUAGUGAUAGUAGCAAGGAACCAGAAAGUACUGAACGUGAUAGCAGUAUUACUUGGACAGGCACAACUCAGAUAAAUGAGAGGGAAAACGAGUCUCCAUCUUCUUGUCUGAGAAAGACAGGAUGUGAAGAUGUUUACAGAGUUGGUGAAGAAACUGGAGGAGUAGUCAAAAAGUGCAAUAUUCCUACCAGAAAGGGAGGCUUAGAUGGUGGCAUUAGAAAUGCUGAUGUUGAACUUCGAGAAACAGCAGCUGAUCAGGGUCUUACCACAGCAGAUACCAGGAGUAAUACCCCUCGCACAGAAACUGUAACCAGCUACAGUCAAGCAGCACCAGCAGCGCCUUCCAGUCAACUGCCUUCCCCAAGGACUUCCUUCCUAGAGUGUCCAGAGAGACAACCAUUGAUACUAAGACUGCCAAAGACACUUGUCAACAGAUCCUCUUGGUUUGAUUUCCCAGAAGAAAAAAUGUAGCACACUUUCCAUGGAACACUUUUUAAAAUUAAUUUUUUUUAAGUACUUUUUUCCCAUUGAGAACAAAAACACCUGAUGUGAUCCAUGUAUGCUAAAAGAUGUCUGGGAAAUGUGUAAAAACCUUUUAAUGUGUAUGCACUUUUGAGUCAAAUAAGAUAGAAUAUUACUAGUACUUAAAUCUUCUCAGAAGACUGGAAGUUCUGAUUUCAUAAAGCCAUCCUGUAUUCUUGUAGUAUGUAAAAUAUAUCCAUGGACUAUUUCAAAGUUUUGCUUUAAAACAAGUCGCAAAAAUGGAGCCCAAAUCAAAAGCCAGAAGAUGCAUAGUAGAGUGAUUGCUUUUCUUAGACAAAGCUAAAAUUGUUUAGUUUAUUAAUUGUUCAGGCUGAAUUCUACCGUUAUUUUAGUGUAUUUGGUUUAAGCUAAAAUGUAAUCAGUUACUUCUAUAUACAUCUUCAACAGGACUUCCAGUAACCUAAGUGGGCUAUGUCAAAAUCUAAAUAAAGCAAUAAGACUUUUUUAAAAAAAAUGAAUU